AAGAAAAGCAACAGCAGACAGACGUCUACAUGAGCAGCUGGUGGAUGGAUCCCUUUAAGGCCCCAAGCCUCACCACCAUCCCUUGUCCUCAGAAAUCUCAUCCUUCCAUCGCUUCUUCCCCUGGCCUCUCCUCUCUGAUCUCCCUCUCCAUGGGAUCCAAAGCGCAUUUGCGCUUUGGUCCUCUCCUACUCCGCUACGUUUCUCUGGCCCUCGCGGCCUCUUCGUGGGGCGUCACGGCGGGCGGAUUGAGGCCGCCCGCGUGCGAUCUGUUCGAUGGGCGCUGGGCCUACGACGAGUCCUACCCGCUCUACGACUCGGCGAGUUGCCCGUUCAUUCGCCGCGAGUUCGAUUGCCUCAGGUAUGGCCGCCCCGAUAAGAUGUACCUCAAGUACAGAUGGAACCCCAAUGGCUGCGACCUCCCAAGAUUUGAUGGUAGAGACUUAUUGGAGAGGUGGAGAGGAAAGAAGAUAAUGUUCGUGGGUGACUCGUUAAGCUUGAAUCAGUUCGACUCGUUCCUGUGCCUUCUUCACGCGGCGGUGCCCGACGGCAGGACGAGCUCCAACAGAACGGAGGUGUUCACUACCGUCAGAUUUGAGGACUACAACGUGUCGGUGAUGUACUACCUCACCCAUUAUCUGGUGGACGUUGUCAGAGAGAAGAUUGGACGAGUUCUUAAGCUCGACUCCAUCCAAGGUGGCCGAGUCUGGCUCGGCGCUGACGUGCUCAUCUUCAACACAUGGCAUUGGUGGCCUACGAGGGGACCCGCCCAGGCAUGGGAUUUUAUUCAGGAUGGCAACCAGAUACUUAAAGACAUGGACCGCACAGUGGCUUUCUCCAAGGCACUGACCACAUGGGCCAGAUGGGUGGACUCCAGCAUCAAUCCGGCCACAACUAAGGUCUUCUACCAGGGAGUGUCUCCAUCCCAUUACCAUGGACAGGAUUGGGGUGGGUCAUACAGAGAAAGUUGCUCGGGGCAAUCACAGCCAUUGAACGCAUCAACAUAUUCUGGAGGGCCGGUGCCACAAGAAGCAAUCGUGAAGAAUGUUUUGAGCACCAUUUCGAAGCCAGUGUAUUUGCUGGACAUAACCUUCCUCUCACAACUCAGGAAAGAUGCUCACCCAUCGAAGUAUAAUGGUGUCCACUUCCAAAAUGACUGCAGCCAUUGGUGUCUUGCCGGCCUUCCGGAUACAUGGAACCAGCUCAUGUAUGCAGCUGUUAUAAGAUAAAGGUUAGGUUGCAUAUAGUAUUUUCAUGAAAUUAAAUUGGCGGGGAAAGGAAUUCAUUUCUUGACAAGAAUAAUGGUACAAAUUAUAUUUUUCAAAUAGAAUAAUGGAUCAAUUUAUGUCCUUUA